CAGAAUGUGUUGGUUUAGUUGACUUAGUUGAUUGUUUGGAUCAUAUUCAUGGUAAGAUGCCUAAGUUACUGGAACACCGGUAUGAGUGAUAUAGCUUACACACAAAUAAUAAAAUUUUUAGUUCAUACAAAAAUGUUCAAUAUUACUGUUUUCAAUCAGCAGAAAUAACAGAGAGCGGGGACAGAUUUAGUGAUAACUAUUACUAGUAAUAAUAAUAAUAUGCACGAGCUCUUGAUUACUGAACCGUGCAACAACCGCCGUUGUUUCAAAGUAAGGGACUGGGAAUGAGUUUGCAAAUUUGGUCCUUUCGUUACGCAAACGCGUCACGCAACGCUUAGUUUACAGAACACAGAGAAGCGGGGUUAGAGAGUUGAGAGACGACUUUGCAGACGAUUCAACUGACAAUUCACUCAAAUGGGAACAUCUCAUUCACGAAUAUGGACAAUUACUAUUCCUCUUUCUUUGCCUUUACUUGCAUUUGCGUACUACAGAUGGAGACAGAGGCAACUGAGAAAGAUUGAGCAUUACGAACAAAUCGGCCAAGUAACAGGCUUAUUUAUUUACCCGGUCAAGUCUUGUGCGGGAAUUUCGCUUGAAACUGCGGACUGUUUAACAGAAGGAUUACAGUUUGACAGGUACUGGGUUGUGGUAGACAGAGAUGACAAAUUCAUCAACUCUGUUGAGAAGCCUGUACUAUCUCGAGUUAUUCCACAUUUUGAGGAUGACAUGCUUUGCCUUAAUGCUCCUGGCAUGGCUGACACCCUAAGAGUCCCAUUAUACCUCAACACUCAGGAAUAUAAAGUCCUCAGGGUGCUUAGGAUUUCAUCCAAAAGUCAGUAUGCAGGAGAUGAGGCAGCUGCUUGGUUUUCAACUUUACUGGACAAACCAGGUUGCAAAUUGUACCAGCUUAAUGAGCCACGUGAUUCCACACAGGAUACAAAGUGGGGAGAUUUAGCUCAACCAGGAGACAGGGUGGGAUAUGCAAGCUUUGCUGCAUAUCACAUGACCACAGAGUCAUCAUUAGUGGCAGUGAAUAACAUUCUCCCAACCCCAGUUGGUAUGGACAGGUUUCGUGCUAAUGUUAUUAUAGGAGGCACAGAACCUUUUGCAGAGGAUAACUGGUCUCAGAAAAUACUGAAGAUUGCAGAUGUGAGGUUCAGAACACUUAAAGAUUGUGGAAGGUGUGUUCAAACCACUAUAGAUCCGGAAACAGGGAUUAAGAAUGGAUUGGAACCAUUGACAACUUUAAGAAGGACAAGACUGCCUCCAGACAGAGAUCCAAGGCAUGGCAAUGCUCCAUUCUUUGGGAUACAAAUGGCUCCGGACUGUGAAGGAAUCAUCAAGCUUGGAGAUCCUGUGUUCAUUUCGUGCUGAUUACCAUCUGUCUGAGGAGUAUCACAAGUCAUUCCACCUUACUGCCAACAAUAAUUCUUAAUUAAAAAAUAUUUUGUAUUAAUAUCAAUGUGCAGUUCAAGAAAUAUCCAUACUCUGCGCCCCC